AUGUGGAUUCUACCGCUAGUCGGAUAUCUCGGGGUGGUUGUCGGGUUUGCCUUUCUCACCUUAGCCAUAGGUAUGGAGCUACAUGGAAUCCUAACAACAAUGGAGAAGCUGACCUUUGAAACUCCAGCUUCGGGACUCUACUAUUUAUCCGAGCUUGUGGAAGAACACACGGUUCUUGCACGCCGGGUGUUGAGCCGUCUGAUCUACGGCAUCAUCGCGAUUCAAGUUCUGCUCAUGAUAAUUGACCGUUUCCCCGUGUCAUUGUGUCUGCUGAGCAUUGGUUCCCACGUGGUCUACGCCAGCAAUCUGCGCCGAUUCCCCGUCGUGAAACUGUCCGACCCUCUUUUCCUCCUCUCCUGCCUUCUAGUCGGUCUCAACCACUGGCUAUGGUUCCGCCACUUCUCGAAGCCUUUGCCUCCGUCGAACAACUGGCGUCAACCCUAUGGAGUUAAUUACGAUGAAAUGCCUUCUUUCUCCGAAGUGGCUUCGUACUUUGGGUUGUGCGUGUGGCUCGUUCCAUUCGCUCUGUUUGUUAGUCUGAGCGCGGGGGAGAACGUGUUACCAAGCAUGGGCUCUGAGUAUGCCACCGGGGCCAAACCCACUGGCCUAGGUCCCUCUGAUGGCAAAUCCAAGAACAAGGGAAUGGCCAAGGCCUUGGUAGAUGGUGUCCGAGAUUGGACAAGCGAGACCGGUGAAGUGAUGGGUCUCUGGAGAGGAGAACGUACGAAACGAUUCUGA